AUGUUGGCCAGAAAUAGCAAGCUGCGUUUUGCCCAGCUCAGAGGCCGGGAGCGAGGAGGCUUCACGCCGCAAGGAUUAUCCCCGUGGCGCGUCCUUGUGUACGAUAACAUUAUAGUUCAGAAAACAAGUCCCACUGAUGGCUGCGUGACCCCCGGCGCCUUCCUGAGCUGGCCGGCCAGCACCCGAUCGGCUGUCCGCUCUCCGGCCGCCUUCAGCACCCUGGACAGCGGCGGCUCCGCCUCUGCCGGAGCCUCGCGAGAGCCGCGGCCGCUGCAGCAGCUGGAGGCGCCGCCGGGCGCUGCGCGUCGGAUCCGGGCGGAGGGGGCUGGCGGCGGCCCUGCGGAGCGAUCCCUUUCUGUGGAUCGCACUGCCACAGGGUCAGUGGAGGUCAGAUGCGCCCAGGAAGAGUCAGAUGCUAUCUAUCCCAUGUUGCCAAGUCUUACCCCCACCCCCAUCUCUGGCGGCAACACAGACAUGAGACCUUGGGAACCGGUGAAGGUCAAUUUGCUUGGAGAUCGCUGCUUCGGCGGUGCCGUGAAGGGUUCUUCUAAACGAUCUGUUCUUUGCCUUGCAGAAAAAAUGAACAAUUUCCCUCCCCUGCCUCGGUUCAUCCCCUUAAAGCCGUGCUUCUACCAGGACUUCGACGAGGAGAUCCCUCCCCAGCACCGAACCAUGGCCAAACGUCUUUACUACCUCUGGAUGCUGAACGGCAUCACCUUGGCGGUGAAUCUGAUUGGCUGCCUCGCGUGGAUGAUUGGCGGAGGCGGAGCGACUAACUUUGGUCUGGCCAUUCUCUGGCUCAUUCUCUUUACACCCUGCUCCUACGUCUGCUGGUUCAGGCCCAUUUACAAAGCUUUCAAGACAGACAGCUCCUUCAGCUUCAUGGCUUUCUUCUUCACGUUCAUGGCUCAGCUGGUGAUCAGCAUCAUCCAAGCGGUCGGGAUCCCCGGCUGGGGGGUCUGCGGCUGGAUCGCGGCCAUCUCGUUCUUUGGCAGCAACGUGGGAUCCGCCGUGGUGAUGCUGAUCCCCACCAUCCUUUUCACGGCCAUGUCGGUUUUCUCCUUCAUCGCCCUCAGCAUGGUGCAUAAGUUUUACCGGGGGAGCGGCGGCAGCUUCAGCAAGGCCCAGGAAGAGUGGACCACGGGCGCUUGGAAGAACCCCCACGUCCAGCAAGCCGCCCAGAACGUGGCCGUCGGCGCCGCCCAGGGAGCCAUGACGCAGCACGAGACGCAGUAUUCGGCCACCCCCAACUACAACUACCCCAACGAGAUGUGAAGGGACAGUUAUGGCUGGAGGCGGGCGGGAGGAACAGGAGCAUUAGUCGGGGUGUGGCUG